UGCCGUUUUUUUUUUUUUUCCUCACGAGGCCUGAGUAAAGAGCGCCGUUCUUUCCCUGCCGAUCGAGAGCAGACCAGAGCAAUCCAUCGUCGAUCUGACGAUACUCCUCUCACUUAAGGCGGAGUUCGGUCGGCGGGCUAUUUGAAAGAGCGGCCCGCCGUGGAGCCGCGGUAGAGCGCUCCCGUAAAUCGGUGAGAAGAAAAGAGGGUUUUGGGCGGCGUUGCCGGGAUGGAAGUAGCGGGCUCUCCGGAGAUAGGAGACAAGGCAGCGCCGGCGGCGGCUUUCGGUAAUUCCAAUGAAGGAGUGAUGGAGGAAGGAGCCCGUUUGCUCUUCAACGAAGAGAAAGAGAAGACGCCGGAUUUGCUCAAGCUCUACCGAAUCAAGGAACAAAUAAGUCAGCAUCUUAUGGAAUAUAAUACAAUAAUCAAUUCAGCAGCUGCAGAAAAGAUUCCGGAUCAAGAUAGAAAUGAAAAAAUAUUAGAGGGUUCCAUAGAAGAAUUGGAAAGAGACUUGGAAGAGAUGAGGCUAUCAUAUCAAAAUAAAACUUUAGCAUUACAAAGGAUCCAAAUAACUGAUGCCCUUAGAACCAAACUGAAAAAUGAAGAUGAUGAUUCAAAGUUUAUCUGGGAUACCAUUAAACAUAUCAUGAUGCUUAGUACAGCAAUACUUAAAUCAAAGCAGCAAUCCCGUGAACUGGAAGAAAAACUGAAUGAGGUUAAGAAGAGCAGACUAGAAUUAAAGCGAACUGGAGAAUGUAAACUGGCACAAAUAUAUGAUAUGAAGAGAAAACAAAAAGAGGAUUUAGAAAAUAUGGAGGUUGGUGAAAUGUUGAAGAAAGCCCGUAAAAAUUUACAAAAGGAAAUUCAGAUGACCACAUUGGUUCAAAACAUUUUCCAGAACCUUAUUACUGGAAGUGGAGUCAAUUGGGCAAAGGAUCCAGCAUUGAAGACAAUUGUUCUACAACUGGAGAAAAAUAUGACUGGCAUCUGAAACAUCAAGAAUGACUGUAUUUUCUUUCUGAGAUUUCCAAAUUCAGAGAUAAAAGAGUAAUCUAUCAGGUUUUUGUAAUAUACUAGUCAUAUUCUAAGAGUUAGGUAUCUGUACAAGAAUAUAUUCCACUGAAGUAUGAUCGAUAUAGCAAUAAAAGGGAAAGUCUGUUAGUCAUUGUAAAUGUAUCCAAGAAGCUAUUACAGGAGAGUCAUUUAGCUGUAAAAUAAUUCACACCUCCUUCUCUUAAUUUUGCAUAAGUUUCCAAUUGCCGAUUCUAGUAAUAACAGCAAUAGGCCUUCUGGCAAAAGCAGAUAUUUACAAAAGUAGCCACUUCGUUGUCUCAACACAAUUUAGCUUGUGUUUUGUCUUCAUAUUAUCUAUGCAUAUGUAUGAUGCAACUUUUUUUUUUUGCUACAUUCUUAUUACAAUUCUUUAUGUCUAAUUUCAGUGGAUUUUUAACAAAUCAUCAGGAGUUCAAAAAUUGAUAGCUGACAUUAUCAAAUAUUAUUGAACACUCUUUUCUCCCUAGGCCAUUCUUGUAAGAUAUUUGUAAUAUUCUAUUUCUUUAUAUCUGCUGUAGUUUUUCAUAGGUAAUGAAUAGAUAAUAUAGUAAAACCAUAUCUAAAUAGGAGGCCAUCUCCUAAAUGUUGAUAAAGAAUUUUUUGCAGAAAUGUUACACUGUAAUUGUUCUGUAUUAUUAGGUUGCCUCUUGUUAAUGUUCCCAGACAGAAAUAAAUAUUUUGAACCAAGAC